CGCAAUACUCUGCCUUCUUCCCUUCCCGCGCUGUGUUGUCCGCUGAAACGCUUCAUUCGCCCCCCCGUGAGAUUUUCUUUCUGGAUUCUUUGCAUCUUUGCGCCGGCUGUGAGCAGCUUAAGACCGUCGAAUCGAGCUCCUGACUUGAUCAAUUUGUUGUUUGCUAGAGGGCAAGUAAUGCGGCGACCGAGGGAGGAAGUUUGAUGGAUAUGUCAGAAGGAUAGAGGAGAAACAAAACCGCUUUCGUCAGAACUGAACCAACAAUGGAAACCAAGAAAUCAGCGCCGGCCGCUAGACUCGGCGCAUUAACGAGGACGGUCACGAAGAUCCUUAGAUUCCGGCGGGCUGCCACUGACUCCGGCGUACGCAAUGAAGGCAACGACAACCAGAAGCUUAAAUCCAAUCUCGCUGAAUACCAAUCCGGGUUCAUAGACUCCCUUAUUUCCACCGAUGGUAAAGCUAAGGUCAAGCCUCAGCUGGAAGAACCGGGCAGCACCAGCAGCAGUAGCAGCUGCAGAAAUGAGCUAGACAUGGAGUCCCUCCUGGCCAACAUAUUCGCCGGCGUUUCCGCCAUUAAGGCUGCUUAUGCUCAGCUCCAGGUCGCCGAAUCACCAUACGAUCCAGAUACCAUUCAAGCAUCAGACCAGGCUGUUGUCUCCGAGCUCAAGCACUUAUCCAACCUGAAACAAUCUUAUCUCAAGAAGCAGCAAUUAGAAGCCAUGUCGCCGGUCGACUCCCAACUUCUAUCGCCGCAGCUACAGGAGCAGCGAAACCUCCUCAAAACUUACCAAAUCACCAACCGGAAGCUGGAGUCCAUUCUCCAGCAUAAGGACGCUGAGAUCAAGUUCCUUCAAGCCCAACUCCUUGAUUCCGCCCGCUUCAACCGUUCCCUGGAGUCCAAGCUCCGCCUCCGCCCUCGCCGUACUCUUUCCCUUGAGAAUCUCCAUCAGUCCUUACCCGAUCCGAAGCACUUCAUUUCCGUUCUACGCUUGGCUGUCAAGUCGGUUAGGACUUUCGUCAAACAGAUGGUGCGCGAGAUGGAAUACGCCGGUUGGGAUUUGGAAACCGCCGCCGGAGUCAUUCAACCGGUUGUGAGAGGUAAGUCGGAGCACUGGACUCACGCUUUCGAAUCUUUCGUCUGCCGGUGUAUUUUUUCCGACUUCCAGCAUCGCGAUUUCGGCAUCUCGUUGGAUGGGCGGUCGUCGCUGGAUCGCCGGAGAUUCUUCCAGGAGUUCCUCGAGUUGAGUUCGGGGAAGCUUGUGGAGGCAAAAGGAGCGGAGCUAGGGAAGUUCAUUAGAACGAAAUAUCUUAGCUUGGUGCACCCGAAGAUGGAGGCUUCCUUCUUCGGGGACCUUAGUCGGAGGGCGGCCAUAAGCUCCGGCCGAGGAUUUCCGGACUCGGAGGAGUUCUUCGCAGUGUUCGCUGAAAUGGCGAAGAGAGUCUGGCUUCUUCACCGCCUCUAUUUCUCUUAUGCACCGGAGGUGGAGGCAGCCAUUUUCCAGGUAAAGAGAGGCUGCCGUUUCUCAGAGGUUUAUAUGGAGAGCGUCACCUCUUCUCCGGUGAAUUUUCCGGCCACCUCGCCGUCAGGUUUACCUGUUGCGUUCACCGUGGCGCCCGGUUUCAGGGUGGGGAAAACUUUGAUCCAGUGCAAGGUGUACGUAUCUGAAGAAGGGAAGCUAAAUGGACGGUCCAGAUGAUUUCUGGAUUCGUCGUCGGACGGCUGUCCAGGAAUGGACGGUCCUUGUGGCAUUUUGUCUUUUAGAAUUAACUAGGUAUUAUAUAUGUAGAAUCUGGCAUUAGCUAAAUUAAUGUUGUAAUGAUAUUUAUUAUUUAUAUAUCUAAAACAAAAAAAACAAAAAAGAAAAAGGUAGUUAUCAGACAAAAA